UGCCGGGGCCCGCUCCUUUGCCAGUCUUAGCUGUAAACCCUGGUCCGGCCCAGUGUAUUCCGGAGGCUCCAAACAACUCUCCUUAAACUGCCUUUAGGGAUGACCCUGAGCCGGCCUCCUCUCUACUCUAUACCUAACUUUAUCCGUACGAGAUACGUAGCCUCACUCAGGGCGCCCCUUACCUGGCGGUGCUGGGAUCAAAAAAUUAAAUUGUGAGGGGAAGUCCUGGCCCUUGGCCCAACCUCCUGCUGCCCCCGGUCUGAGGGCCCAGGCCCCGAGUCUCCGCCUUGCCGUCCAGCCUGUCCUUGGUGUGGGGUGCUUGGAAGUGCAAGCACCCUCUCUGGCUCUUUGCCGGCCCCAAGAGUCGUUGUUUGCGGCGGUCCCCGGGCCCAGUCUUCGGCCCUCUUUUCCGGUGCCGGAACUAUCGUACUGGUGCCUUAGUUUCCCAGCCGGCACGCGGGGUGAGGAGGAAGCGGAGGCGACACCGCUCUCACCACUGGGGAAAGGAAGGAGGCGGGCCCUGCGCGCAGCAUUUUGGGAACGAGUGGAAUUCUGGGAGCUGGGCCCGCCAUUCUCUUGAUUCACGCCUUCGCCGUAGCGGCUUUCGCCGUGCACCGAAGAGAAGGAAAAGUAGGCCAGAACCGAGCUCUCUUCCUGCCAAGAUGUCUAUUGGUGUGCCAAUUAAAGUGCUGCACGAGGCCGAGGGCCACAUUGUGACAUGUGAGACGAACACCGGUGAGGUAUAUCGGGGGAAGCUCAUUGAAGCAGAGGACAACAUGAACUGCCAGAUGUCCAACAUCACAGUCACAUACAGAGAUGGCCGAGUGGCACAGCUGGAGCAGGUAUACAUCCGUGGCAGCAAAAUCCGCUUUCUGAUUUUGCCUGACAUGCUGAAGAAUGCACCAAUGUUAAAGAGCAUGAAAAAUAAAAACCAAGGCUCAGGGGCUGGCCGAGGAAAAGCUGCUAUUCUCAAGGCCCAAGUGGCUGCAAGAGGAAGAGGACGUGGAAUGGGACGUGGAAACAUCUUUCAAAAACGAAGAUAAUUUUCUCCGCUGAACAGACCUUUGCCCUUUUUUCUUUCAGGUUAUCUGAGUUCACUGGAGGGUGGGUGCUUGUGUAUAUGUCCUAGGUAUCUUUUGACAUUUUUCUCUUUAGAUCAGGGGAAAUGUUGAAGCUAAAUAAAUCUGGGGGGUUUUUUGUUCUGUUUUGUUUUGUUUUUUUCCUUUGAGAAAAUAAGGACUUUGUAUUCAUUUGGAGUUUGCUUUGGCUAAAUUUUGACACCCUGGGGGGUGUCCUGGGAGAAUGCCAGUACUUUGAAAUAGCACAGCUAUUGAUGAGAGUUUAAGCUGCUGUUCCUGGCCAGUUGCAGGUUAAGCCCCAGAAGAGUUCACCUUGGAGAAGCUCCGAGAACACACAGAUUGUGUCUCUUUCAUCUUCAGACACGGGCACUUAGUGUGGCACUUUGUUCAGUUAACAUUUGUGGAAUUGUUAUCAGCUCAGCUUUAAGAAUGCAGGUGACCCUGUCCCUUGAUAAAGUCAUAGGUAAUUCAGGGGCCGGGCUCGGUGGCUCACGCAUGUAAUCCCAGCACUUUGGGAGGCCAGGGCGGGCAAGUCACUAAGUCAGGAGUUUGGCCGAUAUGGUGAAACCCCAUGUCUACAAAAAAUACAAAAAUUAGCCGGGCGUGGUGGCGUGUACCUGUAGUCCCAGAUACUUGGGAGGCUGAGGCAGAAGAAUCACUUGAACCCAGAAGGUGGACGUUGCAGUGAGCAGAGAUUGCACCACUGCACUCCAGCCUGGGCGACAGCGAGACUGCAUCUCAAAAAAAAAAAAAAGUAAUUCAGGGGAUCCUAGUGGCCAACUUCCUUGGCUCCUAUACUGGCUACACAAGCAGUUUUGUGGUGAUUUGGGGAAACAGAUUCUUGGGAGCUUAUCAGAGCAUCUCAGCAUUGAUUGACACAUCCAUAGUUUUUAGUGUAGAAAGGGUGACCAGCAGCUGGGCACAGUGGCUUGCUUCCAGCACUCUGGGAGGCUGAGGUAGAGGAUUGAGAGGAGUUCAAAACCAGCCUGCGAGACAUAGUGAGACCCUGUCUCUACAAAAAAAUUUAAAAAUUAAUUCAGCAUGGUGGUGCACACCUGUAGUCCUCACUACUUGGGAGGCUGAGGUGGGAGGAUCACUUGAGCCUGGGAGUGUGAGGCUGCAGUGAGCUAUGACCUUGCCACUGUACUCCAGCCUGGGCAAAAGAGCAAGACUUUGUCUUUAAAGAAACAUAAGUAGUAGUAAAGAGUGUGUGAUACACAGGGUGAAUAAUUGUGACAGAAACACAGAAAUUGGAAAAGCAGCCUAAAAAGAUCAAAUAACCAAAAAGAGGUCUUGCCAGGGAUUCAGUACGGUAUGAGCUACAGUAUAAGCAUCAAGAGGAAAAGUGAUCAAUUAUUGGCUUUAGAAUAUUGCUCGUUGAACAGAUUGUUCAAGUAAUGGAAGAGGAGGAAAAAAAAAAAUCCAGCACAUUAGUUAACCUGGCGUCAAUGAGUUUCUAAUAAGCUUUGUCUUAUGAUACUGCUUGGAGGUUACAGAACUGGUAUUCUUCUGAGGAAUAAGCAUCAGUGAGUUGGUCAGAUACAAUAGGCAUUUAAAGUAGGGCUUCAGGCCAAACAUGGUGCCCCACGCCUAUAAUGCCAGCACUGUGGGAGGUCAAGACGGGAGGAUCACUUGAACCUAGGAGUUUGGGACUAACUUGGGCAACAAAGCAAGACCCCAUCUCUAUAAAAAAUUGAAAAGUAGCCUAGUACAGCUGACGCCUGCAGUCCCAGCUACCCCGGAGGUUGAGGCAGGAGGACCACGUGAGGCCAGGAGAUUAAGGCUGUAGUGAGCUGUAAUUGCACCACUGCACUCCAGCCUGGAUGACAGCGAGACCCUGUCUCUUAAAAAAACAAAACAAAUGAAAGCAGUAGUUUUCAACAGCAGCUAAGGAUCUUGUUAGAAAUGAAGACUGCAAGCCCCAUGCCUGGAGUGGGGCCCAGGAAUCUGCAUUUUAAACAAUUCCCUUGUCCCCAGCAAUUCUUAAGUAUUCUAUCUAAGGAGACCUGGAGCCAUAUUUUGACUCUGUACUUAAAUAUGUUAUUUUAGUAUAACCAUUACUGAAUUCAUCAUACUUUCACAGUAAACAGUACUUUGAAUAAUAAUACAUCACACUUAAUAAUAGUGAACUGCAUCCUCGAUCCCAAAAACUACUUUUGAUGUAGUUCACCCUGGACCCAUACAGGAUCUCCAGCCUUGCAGAUUCUCCACAUAGUGGAAACUGGCUAUAACCCUACCUAGAUCCUGAAAAGUGAAGGGGGAUCAAUCUAAAAUAUGUAGCUUUGUAAACAGUUUUAUAUCCUGCAUCUUAGGGGGAAAAAUCAGUUAACGCAUACUGAAAACAAGUUGUUCCGUAAGGUUUAUUAUGAAAGACAGUAGCCCUCCUACCCUGCCUUUACCCCACUUUCCUUGUCUCGCGAUAGUCUUUCCAACUCUUGGCUGAUUUGUUUGUAUUUACCUCCAUGUCUUAAUAUGAACAUGUUUUCAUGCUUUUCCUUGAUGGUUUUUUGUUUGUUUGCUUGUUUUAAGACGGUCUCACUCUCCCUCAGGCGGGAGUGCAAUGGCACAAUCAUGGCUUACUGAAACCUCGACCUCCCCGGGCUCAGGUGAUUCUCCCACAUCAGACCCCCGAGUAGCUAGAAAUACUGGUGUGCAUCACCAUGACCAGCUAAUUUUUGUAUUUUUUUGUAGAGACAGGGUUUUGCCAUGUUGCCUAGGCUGGUCUUGAACUCGUGGGCUCAAGCGAUCCGCCGGCCUCAGCCUGCUAGGAUUAUAGGUGUGAGCCACUGCACCAGGCCACCAUUAUCUUUUGAAUCCUCUCUUCCUCCUGCCCACCAUAAAUAUAUUUCCUCUCACCCAUCUCCCUGAUAUUGUAAUCUGGUUAAAUCAUAUUCAGUGUUAAAUUAUUAAGAUGUGAUUAAACUUUUUAAAAAUA